UUGAUAGUUGCUGUUGUUGAUCUGCUGUUGCUGUUUGACGGUUCAGUUUGAUUCCGUCGAUUCCGUUGCUCGGUUCGCAUUUAGGUUGUGAUUUUGAAGAAGCUUCUAAUGCCACGUUGAGCGAUUAGUUUAACAUUUUAGUGUUCGAAAAAAGUAUUAAUAUUUAUAAUAGAAAAUGAAUCCGGACGAUGCAAGCUUAACGUGUGCUGUGAACGCCGAAUGGCUUAACGCGCAAGGUGUUUCAAUGAAAAAAAUUUCUUACAAGCAAGCUACAUUGCGUUUGGUUCGAAAUACGUUGAAAGAAAUGUUUCUUUCUAUUUCCACGGAUAAAGCGGAGGCUAUGAAAUUGAGACUGAGAGGUAUAAAUGUACAUUCUAAAUUUAUGGCCGAAGGAAAAGCUUCCAUUCGCUUCGGUGAAGAGAAAUGUACUUUAUUCCUUUCGAAUGCCCCACCAGGACUGCUGGUUCAGUUCCUCAAGAUAAUCUUCAUCAAAAUCACCUCUGGUAAAUCAUCUACCGGGGAUUCCAAAGAAGAUAUGCUUAAAAAAACUCGUGCCCAUCUACUUUCUGGAAAAGCAAACCAAUUUGACGAUAUUAGUCCGGUAACGAAUGCCGAAUUGGCUCGAGCUAGAAAAUUAGCAACUGGAAAGGGAUCGGUAACAACACCUUCUCCGCCGCAGAAACGGAAACGUGUUUCCGGGGAAACUGACAGGCCUGCACCGAAGAAGCUUUAUACUCCAUCACCGUUAACCGGAAGCCUUGAUCCAGAUAUACUGAACGAACAACAACGUGCGGUAAUGGAUGCUUGCACGUCGGGAAGAAGCGUUUUCUUUACCGGUUCUGCCGGAACGGGGAAAAGUUUUCUGCUGCGGAAAAUUAUUUCUAAGCUUCCACCGGAUGGUACAGUUGCAACGGCUUCCACUGGAGUGGCUGCUUGCUUGAUUGGUGGCACCACUUUGCAUUCGUUUGCUGGUAUCGGGAGCGGAGAAGCUGCUUUGCAGCGCUGUUACGAGAUGGCUUCACGGUCUAACUCCAGUCAGAUUUGGCGGAAAUGCAAACGAUUAAUUAUUGAUGAAGUUUCUAUGGUAGAUGGAGAUUACUUUGAGAAAAUUGAAGCAGUUGCACGUUAUGUUCGCAAAAAUGAUAAACCUUUCGGUGGUAUUCAAUUAAUUCUAUGCGGGGAUUUCUUUCAGUUGCCUCCUGUUGUCAAGCAAGAUAAAUUCUCCCGUGGUGCUCUAUCUCAGGACACCAAUUCGCAAUCAGCCUUACGAUUCUGUUUCCAAACGAAAGCAUGGAAGGAAUGUGUGCAAAACUGUUAUGAACUGACCGUGGUUCACCGACAGAAGGAUGCGGAAUUUGUGUCCAUACUGAACAGUAUUAGAAUCGGUCGAGUGACGACUGAGAUUAGGGACCGACUGGCUGCUACUUCGAAGCAGAAGAUUGAGGUUGAAGGUAUUUUGGCAACACAACUUUGCUCGCAUACAAAUGACGCCGAUUUGAUCAAUCAAUCUAAGCUGAACAAUUUGCCGGGUGAAGAAAAGGUAUAUCAUGCCUCCGAUAGUGAUGCGUACAUGAGCAAGCAACUGGAUCAGCAAGUUCAAGCUCCCGGAAAAUUAACUCUGAAGGUAGGAGCUCAGGUUAUGCUGCUCAAAAAUCUCAACAUAGCUGAAGGUCUGGUGAACGGUGCUCGUGGAGUUGUGUUGGACUACGUGCAGGGUUACCCACUGGUCAAGUUUAAGAAACGGGAAUUUCUAGUCAAACCGGAAAAGUGGUCCAUCAAAACCGCUGGAGCCGUCAUCGUUAGUAGAACUCAAGUCCCCCUAAAGCUUGCAUGGGCUUUUUCGAUACACAAAUCUCAAGGAUUAACGUUGGAUUGCGUUGAGAUGUCUCUGUCGAAAGUGUUCGAAGCGGGCCAGGCCUAUGUGGCGUUAAGCCGGGCUCAAAGCCUAGACAGUUUGCGGGUCCUAGACUUCGAUGGCAAACAAGUUUGGGCUAAUCCCAAAGUGUUGGAGUUUUACCGUGAUCUUCGUCGGCAGAUACGCGAUAGGGAGCUUAUGGCUCCAGUGGCAGUGGGAGGCCAACGGAAGAAGGAAGGUGGACUGAAAAAAUCGCUCUCUGCUAUGGGACUGACCAAGUCGCUCAUGAGCAAACCAUUGGUGACGAUCAACUAAUUCAAUUGAUAGAUCUACCUUAAUUUACUUUUUUUCUCGAUUUCUUAUGCAAUAUUCUUUUCUGAAAUAGACAAUUUAUAAAUGUAAAAAAAUCCUAUAUAACUAGAAAAUACUACAAUACAAUAAUCAAUAAUACAAUAAUCAGACAGUUUUCUUCAGACGUUAUUAAGAUUAGAGCCUAUUCUUGAAUCUCCAUAUUAUUUGUGAAAACUACAUUACAAACACGCUAAGAAAAACUUAUUGAGUACGUUAAGAACAGAAAAAUCAAAUUUUGACGUAUUUCUUUAAAAGUAUGAAUUGUUACGCUUCGAUAGUAUAUAAUCUCAGUUAAAUAGGUAUAAGAUUUUCCGAUUCUGGGAAGCAUCCUCAUUGUGUGUUGGCCCUAAUUCAGGAAAAUCGGCUUUCACAGGGAUUGCUUUUGGUAAUGGAUUUCUUUUACAAUUAUCCGACACAGGGUGAGUUACGUGUUUCCUGUGAUCUUAUAUUUACACAACUGCAGGCGAUGUUACAUUUUCUUUGACUAUUCACUGCCAUCCCCGUAUUCGACGGUUUUUCGCUUCUCAGUGUUCAACGUUAAUAUCGUCGGUUUGCUUCAUUCCAGAACCGACCGGGCCGUGACGUCUCUCCCAGACCAUGCGGUGCUUUUGCUUCAUGUAGCAUGUCUUGGCAUUGGCGUAGCCUCCGAGGUCACCAUCUGGAAACCGCAAAUCAAGAAUAAACGUACUGCUCUAUCGUCGUUGCUAUUCACUUACAUUUGAUGAACCAAUUCUCAGCUGCCUUCUCGUACUGGUUCAGCAGUGGACGACAUUUUCUCUCGUGAUCCGGCUGUUCGUACAGAACGCAAUCUUCAAAGCGUAGGCGCAGGAUGUUGAGAAUCUCGUUGUCUACCAUUCUGUGAGUGGAAAUAAUAAAAUGAAUCUGUUAAUCGAUUUCCGAUUUCUAAACUGUAUGUAUAAGUGGAGUCUAGAGCGCAGCGCACUACAUUCGAAUGAAUUGGAAAAUUGAAUUCGACCAUUAGAGAUAGGCGUAAUUGAUUCAGCUCAUAGUCAUUUCAAAAAUCAACUCUGGCUAACGAUAGAUCGCCAUGCUGUUCCAGUGUAUCUGCAUGAGCAUUAUUCACAGAUAAUGGCCCGUUUCAAUUUUCAAUAAACAUGUAAUGGCGAAAUGAUAGUUGAUACAACAGCAAUCAGGCAUUCGAAUCGGAUGUAUUUUUAAGUCAGAUGCUUUUCUGAUGAAAAGACAGCUGGCAUGCUUCUACUUGAAGUGGUCGAACUUUGGUGCGAUACGUAGUCGGUUUGUUUGCGAGUUGCGUUUUCGAUGGACAGACGAUUAGUAAACCAUAUCCUAUGAACAAACGUAAACCGUUCUCGUGGUCUUGGUAUAUCGUUUCGAAGUUAAAAAAUAAUGUUAUGCUGGCGAUUCAAUAUUAAAUGCCAGUUUGGGAUGUGCUAAGAAGCCACAGAGGCAAACAAGAACAGAUUAUUUCCCACAUUUGAAUGUCAGAGAAACUGAAACAUUAUUCCGAAAGGUAGCGGUUUUUCUCAUUGUUUAUACAACUAACCAAAAAUUGUUGAGUGAAAAUCAUCACUCUUUAUUCAUGUUUUGGUUAGAUUCGUGUUAUUUUCAAUUUUUAAUAUGCGAAUUGAAUGUUUUUAAUAACAAGUCAAUCAUCUGCUGAGAAUAAAAUCUUUUUGUUGACAGACACUAGGUGUUUAAUUUAGAACGUAUAAAGUAGCAUUCCAAAUAUUCGAUAUAUAUUUAUUAUUGCAGAUUAUUUUUCCCCAUAAAAAGUUUCGGCAGAUUUAAGGGAAGUGAUCGGUUUUAUUACUGUUUGGAAAUACAACUGAGAUGCACUAAUGGUCAGAAUCAGUAACUGAAAGAUUUAUUGCGAACAAGUAGUGCCAAUAAUUGCAGGGUGCAAUCAUCUGCUAAACUUUCGCCCUCGACUAACGCCAGAUUGCCCUUUUGCCAUUAUUUCGAAACGAUCGGAGUUGUAUCAACAGCGAAUAAAUAAAUUCGGCUGUCGGUCCUCGCGUGUUCGUAUGUUGUGUGCGUCGAAACGCCUGAGGAUGUGCAUCUAAAUAAAACAACCUGACUGACCGUAAACAAGGUCUUGACCGGUAGCUGGCUUGGCAUGUUUAUACCCGGUGCAGAGCCGUGGGUAGCUGGAUUAUGUUGCGUGUAGCGAUAUUCGAGUGUUAUAUGCUGUGUAAAUAAAAAUAAUCUUUUACGAUCCAUCUCCUGGUGCGGUGUGUCUUGGACUUUUACACCCAAUAUAGAUAAAAGUCGGUAAAAUAUCGUUAUGAUGGAUUUCUUUUUUACAGGAGAUGCGUCCCAUGCAUGCAUAAAAACCCGUGUUAUUUUGAGAAACCGUGCAAAAAAUCCUUUUAAAAAAGAUCGUGCAAAAAGAGAAUACGGGGAAUACAAUAACUCUAAAUAAGCUAGGCUAGACAAAAUAUAACAAAACAGAAUAUAGUAUAGCCAAAUAUUGAAACAUAUAGACAAAAACUAUGCUUUGGCGUCGUACACAAAUUACGUAACGCAAAAAACCCGGAUUUAAGACCCCCUCCCCCCCUAUGUAACGAUAAGUAACGUUCAACAUUAGAGAUACUCAGAGAGAGAGAGAUAAGCGAUGAAAAAACCGCUAAUUUGGCAACUAGGUUUCACAUGUCAGAGGUGUCAGUUUUCUUCUCAAAGCGCAACGUUGACUAACUUUUUCAUUCGACUCUUAUAACUGAUUUUGACGGUGGAAGUCCUAGGGAAUGAUAAAGUGCAUCACAAAAACCGUGAAGGUGUUAAAUUUUAUGUUUAGGUUUAAUUCUAUAUACUUUCACCAUAAUUGAUCAUUAUUUUGUUGACCAUACAAAAGGUUUGUGAGCCACCAGUCAAAAAUCACUGUGAUAAAGCAAUUUUGGAGCAUUCUAAAUUCAUUGUUUCGUAAUAGAACACGAAAAACAUGUGAAAAUAAAAAUAUCCUUUACUAAGGUAAAUCAGACGAGAGCCGUGGUGGCUCGUGCUGUAUCAAGAAUUUGUCGCCAUGUUGCUCGGUUUUGGGCUAUGUUUCGCCAGUUCCCCAGGCGUCUCAUCACCCACAAGUCUCCUUCGAUCUGGUCGAGCCAUAGUGCACGCUGCGCCCCUCUAUUUCUGGUGCCGGCAGGGUUGCUGAAGAGAAGUGAUUUCGCAGGGUUGCCGUCCGGCAUCCUUACGACAUGACCGGCCCACCGCAACCUAUUAACUUUCGCCAGGUGUGCAAUGGGAUUCUCUCCAAGCAGCGCGUGCAGUUCGUGAUUCAUGCGCCGUCGCCAUUCUCCGUCGUCCGUCUGUACUCCACCAUAGAUAGUCCGUAGCACUUUCCGUUCAAAAACUCCAAGAGCGUUAAGGUCCUCCGAAGCGUUGUUGCCUCGAUCCCGUAGAGGACUACCGGUCUUAUCAGGGUUUUGUACAGCGUCAACUUCGUGCGUCGUCGCACUCGAUUUGAUCGAAGUGUCUUCCGAAGUGAAAAGUAGGCACGAUUUCCUGCCUGGAUGCCUCUCUGGAUCUCUUUGCUGGUGUUAUUGUCGGCGGUCACCAGUGACCCCAAAUACACGAACUCAUCGACCACCUCAAGCUUAUCACCGUCUACAGACAUGAGUUGGGAGGCUGAUGUUGUUCUCCUUGGAGCCUCUCGCUCGCAUGUAUUUUGUUUUCGACGCAUUUAUCCGCAGUCCGAUCCGUCCAGCUUCGGCUUUCAGUCGGGCGUAAGUUUCCUUCGCCGUCGCAAAGUUACGUGAUAUGAUGUCGAAGUCAUCCGCGAAGCCCAGAAGCUGAACAGACCAUGUGAAAAUAGUGCCCCUCGUGUCAAUGCCUCCCGAUCUCACAAAGAACUUCGUGAAUAUCGGGGGCUGGUACUCGGUCAUCCGCUGCUGGUGCUCCUAGGUCAGUUCCUGCUCCGCUUCUGUUUACUGUUCCGCCAUUCAGGUGUCCAUCGAAGUACUCCUUCCACCUGUCGACUACCUCGCUGGCAUCCGUGAGAAGGUUCCCAUCCACGUCAUUGCACAUGUCGGCUUGCGGCACAUAGCCUCUGCGGGACUGGUUUACCUUCUCAUAGAAUUUCCGCGUUUCACUGGCUUCUUUCGUCUGAGAAUUAAUUGGCCUUGUUCUCUCUCGUUGACCUGCCCAGGUAUAUCGCCCAGGUCCGGUUCUUCUCAGUCAUAAUGUCGCCGUUGCGGUCUCCACGAUAGCUGUGCGAAUGCUGCACCAGUCGUCUUCGAGAGGCAAUGCGCCCAGCCCCUCCGCCGUAAAAUAUCCUUUAUUGUACCUGAUUGCAAUAUCUCUCAAUGUAUUACCUUUCUUGUUCGUUUGGCUUGGAUUUUGACAUGUUCGUUUGGCUCACAACAUUCUCUUCGCAUAUAUCUCCCUGAGUAUUGCUAUUCAACAUGACUCCCCCCUAAAAUUACGUAACGCUUAACCCAUAAAAAAAACGGUUUUGAAGGAAAACUACAGUUACGUAACUGUUUCAACUUAUAUGAAAUAUAAUGAAAAUAAUAUCAAAGCCGGAGUAGGCAAACAUAAGAAGCUAUGUUAAAGAAAACUAUCAACAAGUUCGAGCAAAAAAAUUGUAGCAAUCAACAAUUCCAAGAAAAUUGAAUUCACAUAACUACGAAGACAGCUCAUAUACCUACUAUACUAUUUGUUAGGUUAAAAAUAAAAAAAAAUACCAUCACGGUCGAUCACGAUAAUUUAGUGAAUAACGAAAAUAAAAUCGAAUAAAAAUAUCU